AAGAAGCAAGAAAGAGAAAACGCCCUUUAUUUAUUUUAUCUGAACCGGGAGUUUUUGUAGGUCAACAACCUGGUCAAAUAAGGCGUCAUUUGCAGCAAACACUGGUCACUAGUGUGUAGAUUGGACCAUCAUCAUGACGUUGAAACAGUACUCAGACGUGACUUUAGAGAUGGCAAAACAAGGCCUGUCAUCGAAAAUUAUAUCUGAGCGUCUGUCAUAUGAACACGUAGAAGCGAGAGGGUUUUCUGUGAGAAAUGUUAGAAAGUUUUAUGCUGAGGCAAUCUCGGAUUGUCGACUCUCUGACACACAUUUGGAGAUAGGGGUGACAAAAGCUAUAUAAAUAAGGUGGGCCCAACAUAUGGCCUCAAAAUGAUGAAGGGUUAUCUGUCUACAAAAGGGAUACAUGCUGCAGAGGGACGAAUUGGGUCAAUUUUAAGAGAAGAGCAUCAACCCUAUCAUGAAGCAAGAUGACAAGGAAACUGAUAAGCAACGUGUUAGGUGUCAGAAAUGUUUGGAAUUUGGUCACUGGACAUAUGAAUGUACUGGUAAGCGGAAAUAUCUACAUAGACCAUCAAGAACCAUAGAAUUAAAAAGAAAACUGAAAGAAAACCAAACAAAAUUUCCAGUUUUGCAGAGUCCAGGAACUGAACUGUCAUUCGAGAAGAGGUCAAACAAUUUGAAGAAAAGAAGCAAGGAAUCCAGUUCAUCCAGCAGCAGCAGCAGUAGUAGCAACAGCACCAGCAGCAGCUCAAGCAGUUCAUCCAACGACUCAUCUUCAGAAAGUGAAUCUUCCUGUUCUGUAUCUAGCAGUGAUAGUAACGUUGAUAGUGAAGACAGCUCAUCAUCCUCAAGCUCUGUCAGUACAGAAAGUGACUUUGAUGAAGAUGAUGAUAGCAGCAGCAGCAGUGGCAGCAGUAGUAGUAUUAGCUCUGACAUGGAGCCACCAAAGAAAAGAAAGAAGCACAAGUAAGCAAGUAAACAGCUGAAGAAAAUAUCAUGGACAUAAGUGGUACUUUUAUAUUUUUGCUUUUCAUUUUCAAAAUGCAUCCAAUACCUUUUAAAAGGACAGUGUUUCAAAACUAAUUGGCAUGGAGCCACUAGGGGGAUUUAAUUGGAGUAUUAAUGAUGUAACACAAGAGCUGCAGUGGUUAUUUUUGUAUAAAAAAUUAAAACAAAUUGUAUUUGAUUAUUCUAAAUUAGAAUUGUUGUCAUUGUUCCUGUUUAGUAUGAAUCACAUAGAAAAUGCAAAUAUUGUUUAAGGCUAAUUUAGUGAACAUAAAACCAAGGAGAAGCUAAAUUGAUUUUUUGAGAUCAUCCUGCUGAAAGUACACUUGGAUAGAGAACAUAACAUUUUACAGGAUUUUUGUGCCUGCAUCUUUGUCUAGUCACAGAUGCUGGAUAUGCAGGAGCCAGACUUUAUAUAAUUUAUAAGAUGGAUUUCCUGAAAAUAAUACUUGUAAUAACGAAUUGGUCAUUUGAGAGUUUGCACUCUUCAGGUUGGAAAGUAUUCGCAGAGCCAUUGGGUAUUUAUUUAGGAAAUCCUGCUGUUUUCUGUAAUUCAUAUUUUAGUAUAUUUUCAUAAUAAACACAUAAAAGAUUUUUUAUAAAAAAAAAAAUAAAAAUGACUGCUUACAUAGGCAUUAAAUGCAUUAUAUUCUAAGUACAGUAGAAUAUUAAAUGGAAACAUGGUAUGAAUAAAGCCAUAUUCUAGCUGUUACAGGGAAAAUGAAAGCUGCGUUUGAAGAGCAACGGUAGGAGUUAAAUUAUUCAUGGAAUGGGUAUUGUUUAGUAAUCUUAAAUCGAGUGGUUGACAGAGACAUUAAAUGAGUUUAUUUCACACUAAUCAUUGGUAAAUAUGUGUUGUUAAAUAACAACAGGCCAAUAUACGAACUAUAUGAACUAAAUAUCUUUAUUUACACAAAAGUGUAUAAACCUGUGGUAAUUAAACUAUUAGAGAUUUAUCUUUGUAUUGUAAGAAGAAAUUGUAAAAAAGAUUGCCCUUUGAAAUCUGUAAAAGUCUCACUUGUUUAUUAUCUAUUCUAUACACAUUUGUACAUUAUUCAUUUCCUGAUUUUAUGAUUUUGUUUAACAUUAAACAUUGGUGAAGUAUAAUUAUU